CUUUUAUUUUCUAUACGUAGCUGCGGAUAACUGUUCGUCACAUGGAAGAGAGGAAGAAGUUCACAACAACUUUAAAGAGCGUUCAAAUUUGGAAGAUACAAAUCGAUCGAGGAUACAUGCCGAUAUAUCCCAAGAAGGUGACUCAUUUCAUGACAGGCAGAAUAUUGGAGAGAGGGAGAUUAUUUUUUCUAAUGAUAAUGUCAAUCAUCAGUCAUCACAAGCAACGAUCGUGGACCAUGUAAAAAAACUGAGCAGAGAAAUGAUGAUAAUAAAAUAUGAUGUCAAACAUGCAUUGGCCCUCUUGGAUAUUUUAGUAAAAAGAAAUGAAAGAGAGAAAAAAGCGCAGAACCCGAGAUAUUCUUUUGAACAAGUGGAAAAAUUAUUCCCUUUGGAGACACAAUCCCAAAUAGCGGACGUUGAAAAAAUUUUAAAAGGAAACUCCCAAAGCGCUGAAGCAAUACGCGCAUAUGUGAGAUCCAUAGGUGGGAUCAACGUUGAUGAUGCCGUGAAGAGGGCUCUAUACAAAAUAUUCUCAAACAGUUUAGCGGAAAGAUAUAAUUGGGAAGGCCGACGUGGAAAAGAGCCAUUGCACAACUUAGAAAUUAUGAAAGUAAUUUUCAGAUCUGUUCUUCAGAAUGUGGUUGAUUCUGAUCAAGAAAGAAUUCAGCGAAGAAUAAUGGAAUGGUUCCGGCAUUCAAAGGCAAGACAUCACAACGAGGAGAAACGUUGCACAACUUCAUAUGGAGAGACCAACAUAGAUACCGUAACAUAAGUAUAAAAAUUGUUGCUUAUCAAAUAUGGAAGCAGUUCUUCAGGUAUGAAAUGUUAAAUUAAUACGGUGUCAAAAGGUAUGGUAACAAGGUAUCCUAUAUAUUUUGCUAUUUUCGUUAAAUUUAUGUUUUUAGAUAAAAUAUCUAAUAGUUUGUAAGUAUAUAAGUUAGUAAUUUCUAACAAGUAAAUAGUUGCUAUAGUAGUUUAUAACAAAAUAUGUAGCCAUAAGAACAACUUAUUCAAUUUCAUUUUCAGCAUUAUUUUUUAUAUAAAAGCCAAUGAUGAAAUAAAGCAUUUGAAAGUUUUUUAUUUUUAUGUAUAUCGCACAUUAAUGUGCAUUUCUGAGACUUCCUUACACAAAAAAGUUUUUUUUCACAUAUUUUACAAUUUUUAUGUAGUCAUAGAUAUAAGAACAACUUAUUCCACUUUAUUUUCAGCAUUCUUUAUUCAAAAGCCAAUGAUGAAAUGAGACACAUUUCAAAUUUUGCGAUUUUUACGCAUAUCGCACAUUAAUGUGCAUUUCUGAGGCUUCGUUAUACCAAAAAAAUAUUUUUUUCACAUAUUUUACAAUUUUUAUAUAGUCAUAUAUGUAAGAACAACUUAUUCCACUUUAUUUUCAGAAUUCUUUAUCUAAUAGCCAUAUAUUUACUACCAUCUAUAUUUUUUUAUCUGUUUGAUUCAUAAUCUCCCGAUUUAUGUUUCAGGUAUAUUGCUGAAUAAGUUUUUUUUUAUUAUACGGCGAAUAUUUUUGUAUCUUGUAUUAUAUUAUUAUUUUGAAAUAUAUAUUGAUAUGUAUUAAUGUAUGGCAUCCUUUCUCAUCAAAAAUAAAUAAAAACCAUUUUUGUUAUACAUAUCCGUGCUGUUUUCAUUUAUUAGAAUGAAUUAAAAUUACGAGCUCCGAAAAUUCAUCCAACCUCUAGAAAUUGCCCAUAACGAUCCAGAAAACAUCCAUAAGUCCGGGUCUACAUUCGAUGUUUUAAGUCUUAAGCUUCAAAAACUAACCAAUCACAGUCGAUUAUUCUUCUAAAAUUGGACUGUGAUUGGUCAAUUUUUAAGUCUUAUGACUUAAAACACCGAAUGUAGACCCGGACUAACACUUCCAGUAAAACUCCAUAUGAAAUCCACUGUAUGUCCAUAAUCUCCAUAGAAUCUCCAUUUAGAACGUGUACUAGAUGUCCGAUGGAAGUUCAAAAAGCAGUACAUCCAUUAUAGAUUUCUAAUGGACAUCUAAGAUGGAUGUUACAUGGACAUACAUUAUGGAUGGGUUAUGGAUGUCCAUUAGAGAUCCACUUAUCGUCCACCGUGGAGAUAGAUGUCUGAUGGA